AUGUAUCGACAGCGACCGCCAGCACCUGAAUCGGCCUAUGAAUCGCAAGCAGCUCGAUGGAAACAAGGAUUUAAAACACCAUUACAGCAACAGCAGCAACAGCAACAACAACCUGUACAUCAACAGACGGACCUUGAGAAUGCACUUGUAUCCGAUCUCUGUUCAUCCAUUGGGUCUUCGUCUUUUCCACCACGUGAAAUAUUACAAAAACUAUUGCGAUAUUUGCAUACGCUGGAUCAUGAUUACAUUUGCGAGCUCUUGGAUGACAAAUUUGAGAGUCCAUUAUGGCAAGUAAAGGCCAAAGCUUUAUCUGUGCUUAGUGCAUUACUAGGAAGUGGAGAAGCAGAGUUUUACAAACAAUACUAUGGCGGAAGACUGGAUUUAUUGGAAGAUUUGCGUCGGGCUAGGAAAGAUAUGCUGCGUAAACGUGCAGACAAAGUUUAUACACUACUCAAAGACAUUAUACCACGAGAUGAGGAGAGUCCAUUGGAAAUGAUGCGCAGGAUACAGGAGGAGGAAGCCGAAGAAGAUGCACAUGCUGCGGAGGUGCACAAGUUGAUGCAUACGUCGCCCGUUGUGGGAUCUCAGCAACCUCCGCACAACUUGGUAAUGGACACAAAUAAGUCGCCGCGUAGUAACAGUGCACCGCUGCCUGCUGCGGUCGAUGAAGUAUCUGCGUUCAACUUUUUGGUGCCACCAAUGUCCCAACCUCAGCGCGAGUAUACGCCAGCUCAGAUGGCUGCUGAGCCAAUGACACCUCCUGCCAGCAACUCGGCGUUUGGUUUCUUGUCCGUUAACGGUGGCGAAAGAGACUCACCGCCUCCGACUCUAGCCCCGCCAACCUCUGACGACUCAGCGUUCCGUUUCUUGACAGAUGCGCCCUCUUUGAAUGGUGACGCACCGGUUGCCAUGGCUCAGCCAAACAUGCCAGUACCAAGCGCACCGCCACUAGCAUCAGAAUCCUCUAGCUUUAGCUUCCUGAACCCCGCUGCUGCAGUUACAAGCACUCACGUUAUCCCAGGUGGCAUCCCUUCGUCACCGACCGCGAAAAUGCCGUCAACGUUAUUUAAUGUGGAAGGACAACUACAACAGCAACCGACAAAGACUGUUGCUGAAGCCCAAGCAGCUUACAAACCUGUAUUUCAACAUUGUUAUACUGUCUUUGACACACUUCCUCAGCCGAUGCUAUUGCAACCAAACCAGAUUGAGAAAGAAGAGGACAAAGCGGACGAACCCGACAAGUCUGACCACAUUCACGAUGCUUUUCAAGGCUUGGACGCAAAUGACGGCGCUCAGGCACUGGACUCAUUUGACGCUUACAAAGUAUCAAUAUAUAACGCAAGUGGAAAUGAUGUGCCAGAACGGACACAAUCUGAGCCAUUGAGAGAAGUGAUACUGGAAAUCGAUGUGCCACCAGGACCCAUGGGAGUGAUGUUGGAUCGUACAAUUUCUGACAUGACGGUGAUUGAGCGCUUUGUGCCCUUACCCACGGGUGGGCGUGGGUACCUUGAGCUGCACCCGGCUAUCUGCCCAGGCUGUGCUUUGAUUAGUAUUAACUCCAUUUACGUAGAAAACAAGGGGUUAGUCGAGGUGGGUCCCAUCUUAGGUUCGCUCUCCAAUACUCCAAAGCUGUUGCGCUUCAAGAAGCUUAUGAACAAUGGCCAGACCGCGAACCCGUCGACACUCCAGAUGCCUUAUGUCCCUCCGCCAUUAGAAAUCGAUGAAGGCAACGUUAUAGACGAAAGGAGUGCGGAAGGGGGUCAUAUCCAACUCGAGUCCGAGGAUAUUCACAAAGCCCGAAGCUUGAGUGGUGAAGGAUUUAUGACACGUUUGAAUGGGUACAGCAAAGACUUAAGCGAAAUUGAGGCGAAACUAAAAAAACUCAUCUGCCAUGAGCAUAGUGGGCAGUCUGCUGUGGACCGUCGCAACGAGCUUGCACAACUUCACGGCACUGUGGAAAAAAUCCAGACGCAAGGUAUUGACUCGGUGAUUUUUGGAGAGGAGCGGCCACCAAAUUACGAGGAGGUGAAGCAGUUCCGCUUAACACUCGUGCGCAAGGCUAACGAGUUGGCUCGGCUCAUUCAGCGUACAGCCAGUACAGAUCUUUCGCUUGGCAGAAAUAUUGUGGCAUCCGAUGAGGAGAAGCACCCUGUGUCGGCGUUUGCAUUUGUUGGAGGGAAUUCUGACCGCACUGUCAACAACCCACCGCUAGGUAUUUCACAGCUGCAAGGUGACUCGGGCUUUCAGUUUUUGAACGCCAACGCGAACCCGCAAUUGGCUGAAGUUCAUGGUGGAAACGUAAUGGUUGCUCAGCCGUCAGCGCCUGCUCACGUAGGCAACUCAUACGGAUUCAGCUUUCUUCGUGACAAUGCCCAGGAUCAACCUGCCGAGGCCGCCACUGCCCAUCUUACCGCUAGUCAGGCACCAACUAGUCCAUCGUCUAGCUUUGGCGAAGUUUCAACAGGUGGUGCAAACCCGGCCGUGGAGGUUGCUACAAACGUGUUUGCUGGACUCAGCUUAAAGAACACUACUCAGCAUCAACCAGUAAGGCCAGCUCCUGCGCUAUACGACACAUUAACAAAGAGCAGCCAUGGUCGACCGAUGGGUCUUAACGACUUGGAAGCCUCUUUAUGUUCGACAGCAUCAGGUCGACCACCAAUGGGAGUACGUCCAGCAUCAGGCCAAGCAUUAACGAUUGCCGAAUCCACCGAGUCCUCAUCGUUUGGGUUCAUAUCGACUCCAAACGGACACAAUGAGGUAAUAUUUGACAGCAGUUCGACAAGCACAGAACCGACAUCACCCAUUGAGUUUGGAUUUCUCCAUCGCAGCAAUACGUCGUCUACUACUCCAACCGUAGCUUCCUCGUCCAUUUCACAAGGCCAAUCCCAGCGCAGUGUGCUUCAAGAACCAGAACCAUCCAUGUUUUCAUUUAUAUCGAAUUAA